GUUCUGCCCUCGUUCGCUGGUUUGGUGGGGAGGCGUUCUUCUUCUGUCUCGUGGUCUCGUCCCGUUGAUCACAGACAGAUUUUGAAAGGAAGACGACCUUCAAUAACCUGCAUGAAUGGUCCAACACAAGGAGGAUGCUGUCAGGUCCUCAAACGAUUACAUCCUCUUAGCAAGCUGCUCCUAUAGAAAACAACUAGAUAGCUAGAUUGUGAAGUUCACAGAGCUCGUCGUGCCGCUUACGUAAGGUACCCCCAUUGCCUUUGUGGGAAGACAAGAAACGAACAGAAUCUCCUUUCUCCAUGCACUUUCUUCUGUGGGCGUUUGAGAAGACAACAGAGGAGGACGAAGAGCCCAGGGUAUCUGGCAGAAAUCUCAAGCAGCAAGAGAUUUAUUAUUCCAUGGGCUCUCUUCUCAGACGACGCCAAUCAAGACGCUACCCACCGAGUCGCGGUCUACCUGUUUUACUGGUUGUUUGGGUUGCAUUAUCGCUACAAUUAUUACAUGUAGUAGAUGGUCAACGAAUCAAACAGGGAUGUUACGAUGCCAGUCCAGAGGCAUUUGCAUGCUCCGAUUGGGAAAAUACCACUUCUGGAGACUGGGCUUUUGAGAUUGAUUUUAGAGAUGCAGAGGAAGGCUGCCUAAAUUUGGCGCUGAACGUGUUUCAGAGCAAAGAGGUUUUUAACGACCCUACGAAACACCAGAAAUACCUCAACAAUGUGCCAUCCAAGGAUCCUCAGUGUGGGCUGAUUCAACGAGCCUACAGACACUGCAAUUUCUGUGUGGGGGAAAUUGAAGAGGUGUUGCUGCUGGAGAAUAUAUGUUUCGCGGCAGCUUGGUCUCCUCAGUGUAACUUACCUUUCCAGGGAAGCACUCGCGAAGAAGUUCUGGUAGAAUGGUGGCAAUUGUUUCGGACCGAAGCAGAUAUUGAUAAUACCUGUGAGGCCAUGCAGACCGAUCUGUACAACGACGAGCAUGCGAGCUUGGAAGACGUCGGCAUGAACGUCGCGCCGCUGUCCAUAGCAUUCUGCUGGAGGUUAUAUCUGGCCGCUCAUCUGUGCCCUGGCCGUUGCCAGGGAGGAUGUUUCACGGAAGAGUUGCCCCCUACUUGUGAGGCACCGUAUGAAGAGGAUGAGGCUAAUCUGCUGCUAUGGCACAUCCAAAAUCAACAAAAUGCCUCAAUGCAUGAUGGCAAUUUCUCUUCAUUAGUCCUUCAAGAUAUUAUACCGGAAUACAACAGGACUGUUGACGAUGUAUGCGACGACAUCAAAAUUUCGGCCUUUGCUGGGUGGAACAGUGGCAGUAUUCUGAACACGUCAACGCAUCUGGAAAUUCUGAAUGCUAUUGAGGGAGAAUCUGGUUUCUGUGACGAGGCUAGGCUUGCUUAUCCCCAUUGUGUCUGGUGCAAGACUGAUGAUCUAUGCUUUGGCGAUGAUUACCCAAUAACAUGCGAACUGCUUCCAUCCAGUAUCUCAAGCCCUUUCCAAGAGGACGCACUGGAGAUACCUUCGUUUGUGUGCAGAAGCAUAUGGCUGACUACAAGCCUUGAUGUAUUCGAUGAUGACUUGCAAACGGCCGAGAUUGCGAUAAAAAAUGGGACACCGGCUUGCCUUGAUGCAAGACGAGCAAUGCAUUCAUGUGUGUGGUGCUCCCCUCAUGAGCUUGGCGAUAAUCUCAAAGCACUAUGCACUGUUGAGGGAAGCUUUUGUGGGAAAAGGGAUCAAUUUGAUAUCCCUGAUGAAUUCCUGUCUGAUCUUCUGGAGAAUCCCUCCCUCAGUCCUGUUGCUUACAGACUAGUAACAGAGCCUGACACCACCGAGUACUGCAAAAGAUUCAAUUCUCCAUUCACACGUUUGGAAGAUUUUUCCAGUGCUGACGACCAUGCAUAUUGGGGAUGUUUUCAAAAGCUCCUGCUUGCGAAGUAUUGCCCAGAACAAAUCUGCCCUGAACCAGAGGCUGAUCCUUAUGCCAUUGAAUACCUUGGUGCGGAAACAACUGCUGAAAAGAGGGCGCUCGUCUGGUUUGCGAGGAUUGGUGCUUUCUUCUCCCUUUGUGGAGCAAUCUUUGUCCUAUAUGACAGCUUGUCUGAUGGGCAGGCUAGAAAGACUGUGUAUCACCAGCUGCUGGCUGCAAUGAGCUGUUUUGAUCUGAUGACAGCCAUUUCAUGGUUGUUUGCGACGGCUCCAAUCGACAAGAAUUAUCCAAUAGAGGGUGCAAUUGGAAACGAGGCCACCUGUACGGCCCAAGGGUUUUUUAUCCAGUUGGGAUUGACGAGUGUCUUUUAUGCUAUGGCCCUUGCUUUGUACUAUUACUUUGUCAUCGCCCGUGGCUGGAAGGAGUUUCAGUUAAGAAAGAUACUCCCGUUUCUGCAUGGCAUUCCUCUUCUUGUGGGAUUCACGCUGGCAUUUGCAGCUAUCCCAGAGUAUGACUCUAUGGUCUAUGUUUGUCAUCUUGAACCUCCCUCUUCAAAUGGAGAUGGGAAAUUAUGGCCAGUUCUUGUAUAUGUGGUGGUGCCCCUAUCGAUCGCGAUUGUUUCAAUCACAACAUGCAUGAUACUGGUUUAUGACAGCGUAAGGAAACGUGCUGGGGCUUCCAGAAAAUGGUCGUUUGGAGUUGGAAACGCCAGCAAAAUGCAGCAAGCAGUCUUUUGGCAGGCCUUCUUCUAUGCUGCAGCGUUCUACAUCACAUGGCCAACCAUGUUUGGUGUCUACCUUGCUUCAGUUGAUGAAAAUGGCCCUCUGCAAGGUUCACUGGUGAUUGCAUUCCUGGCACCGCUCCAAGGUGCGCUGAAUGCUUUGGUGUAUGCCCGCCCCAAAAUUUUAAGUUUCUUUGAUGAGAGGAUGAAAAAGAGAGCGCAACGGCAACAACAACGAACGCGGCGCCAGACAAUCACAUCUCAGUUUCUGUCAGCAAUACACUUCAUCUUGCCAUUUCAUCAGUAUGGUGAAGACACCAGCGAGCAUUCAACCACCAAUCAACGUGCAAGAAGCGCGCACACCCGCAGUGUUGAUCCUUCCGUUGCUGUGGCCUCUGAACGAGAUGUAGAAUCUAUGGUUGAGGAAUACUUGGCACAUGCAGAACACAAGGUGCCGGCACCACAAAUGGAAGCAAUAAGUGAAUCGUUCAUUGGAGACAGUGAAGACCAGUCAGGAUUACAAGUGGUGUCGUUGCAGGGCAACACAGAACAGAGAGAUAAUGCGGAUGAUGCGGCACCGGAAGCCGCUAUGAAAGAAGAAAGCAGCGACUUUUUCCGUGACGAAAAAUCAGAACAAAGUACCUCACGCGCACCAAGCGAUGCCGGACAAAGUGCAGGCGGGGAAGUGACGAGCACAUCUGUAAAGACUCCCGAUGGAGCCCCUGGAGAAGCAGUGUUGCCUUUGGGGCAACCACGCAGGAACUAUCGGCAAUAUUUGCUACCAGGGGUUGACCGGAGUCUUUCUGACGCAAGAGACACACGCGACCAAUGACGUGUGGAUUUGAUUGCCUGUAUAAUGAACUCGCCCAAAAAGGAGACGAGGCGGUGCGGUUCUUUUUUACUUGUAUCGUCGGCCUGGACACGAUCACAAAAGUGAUGACGGAACCAUUGCCCAAUGCUUCGUCUCCAAUAGGCAAUCUCCCAUUCAACCUCCAGAUGAUGUCUGUCACUGUUCAGGCUUCCCACAGAUUCAACAAGAAGCCCACGAAUGCUCGAAUCAAGCACAAGAGAUUGCGUGGUCUCUGCAACGGCGUAGCUGCGGGCCUGUUUCCUUCCCCACGGCCACGCAACGAUUCUGUCACACUUUAUUGAUGAAUGCUUUCCAACAAAUUUGGGGCCUAAAUAAGCUGGAGGGAAACCGUUCGACUCGACAUUGACUAUGGUCGGUCAUUCUUCGUGUUUGAUCGAGCAUCCCAUCAAUGCAGCUUUCUUUCUCGGCUUCGUGCAUCCGGCUUUUAAUCUACCAGGAAUGAAAAGCAGAGUCGCCGUGCGGAGAGCAGGGUUUCACCAUGAAGUCGGCCUACCGGUGGAGCAGCGAAGAAGCCGUAGUCGAGCUUUCUGUGACGUCGACUCGGCUCAGACUCGAAGAGACGUCAUUGAUAAAAACGUUCCAACCGCGUGUGCAUGAUAAUUCGGAAGAGUUUGUGCAAGAACGUCGAGAACGAGACACCCGGCUCUCCAAACUUUGACCUAUGCGAAUAGCACGCUUCUUUGAUCCACUGAACAGGCGAUGACGAGAUAGGCUUAGUGGUUUUGUAAAGCUCAGAGUGUUUUGAGUCAGGCUGCUUCAGGCGAUAUCGGCAGUACCGACAUUGAUAAUCGCAUCCAACUGAUCAUCGAGAGUGUUCCUCCUACAACACGUGCAGGAGUUGUUCAUCAAACUCCACAGAACUUGAACCAAUCCAUUGCGAAACGCGUACGCGAUUACGAGAUCUCCUUUCGUAGCUAAGAUAACCGCAUCCGCCUGAUCAUCGUGAGUGUUCCUCCUGCCCUGUACAAACAACACGUGCAGGAGUUGCUCAUUGAUACCCCACAGAGCUACAAUUGCAUGCCGCGUACACGAAUACGAAUCGUAUCUAAGCUACUGUACCGGUACGGUAGCUAGCAGUAAGACUUCCCGGCAGUUUGCGUACCUCGGGACAUCGCUGGCGCUAUCAAAAGAUAAAAUAUGCAGAUUUAAAAAUUUAGUUACCAAAGACAAACAUAAAACAAACUAAAUCCCCAAAGAACAGUUUCAGAGUAGUACGGCUGCGACCGUCAACAAGCUUUCCACAUUCCUGACAUGAUCGGCAAACAAUAGGCUUUUACAUUCCUGACAGGAUCGCCAUGAAUGACGAUUCCGUCUCUUUCCAUUGACCGGCAAAGUCUCCAGCCUCCGGACUACCUGCCAUGCCAGUUCCACGUUGCAGGAGAGCAUGCAAACACUCCAUACGACAAGUGGACGACAGCGCGGCUUGACUGUUGCCUUUCAUCACCUCGGCACAUUGCAUCAUUGCUUCACCCGAAAGCGACGGUAACGUCUGAACGACACUUGUCAAUGCACGAAAGCAGCGGUCAUCUGUUGGAUCCUCUUGCUGCCGGGGCGUCUUGUAGAGGAUAUCCAGCGUUGUUGGCAAAACAGCCUGCACGGCACUAGGCGGCAACAACGCAUGUUCCACAAUCCGUGCCAUCAAAACUCGGCCUUUGCUCAAUUUGAGAAAUAGCUGUAGAACGAGUGGAUCAACUUUGAAGUCUCCUGCAGUAGUGGCAGUAGCGGCACUGCCAUCAUCUGUCGAUUCCGGGGCAAUUCCCAGACACUUCAUCAAUUUGAUCAGCGGCGCCUGCACUUGCGGUGGGACGGAUCCAGGUGCCGCCUUGGCCCAGAUAUCCACCACCGUAAGAUAUGCCUGAUAGGCUUGAUCGCAGUAAAUACGUGCCUUCCAGAGUCGUGCUCUCAUCUUUUGUUCCGUCUUGCUCUUGCUUUCCGAUGAAUUGUCUUGCGAUGCCAUGACAGGACUGGCAAUCAACGCGCGAGGUCUAGCGACAUUUGCCUUGGGGAUGUGCCCCAGGGCGGCAUUCUUGGUGGACCAAUCUUUGGAUUUCUUUUCUCGCGAUUGCAUUUCUUGUUGUACCGGAUUGGAGGUGGUUGCUUCGGAAUUGGAAUCAGCCUUGCGUGAUGCUGCUGCCCCUCGAAACAUGACGGGCCUGGGUCCGGCGGGUCUAGCUCCCGAUUGUCGGUAGAGCAACUGAAUAUCGUAGUCAUUUUCGGAAAAUCCUGCCAUGAGAACCGGUUUGAGAAUAGAAUGAAUAAUGUAGGAAAUAUCUCUGGACUUCAUCAUUUUGCUCUCUAAUGCCUGUGCCGGAAUGGGCGGCGCAUUGGGAUGAGGAUUGCAAAAUGCUCUCAUGGGAGGCAUGGGUCGCGGUUGUUGUGGCGGCGGUGGUGGACGUUGCCAGGCGGGUCCUUGCGUUGGCAUGCGCAUGCCCAUGGGCACGGCUCCACCCAUCAUGUGGGGCGGUGGCAUGCCCAUUUGCUGUGGCGGCAUGCCCUGCAUGUGGGGUGGCAUUCCCUGAGGAUGCAUACCUUGGGGAGGCAUUCCCUGAGGAGGCAUGCCUUGACGAGGCAUUCCCUGAGGGGGCAUUCCCUGAGGAUGCAUUCCUUGAGGAGGCAUGCCCUGAGGAUGCAUUCCUUGAGGGUGCAUUCCCUGUGGAUGCAUGCCCUGAGGAGGCAUUCCCUUCAUCAUUCCUGGAUGAGGCAUUCCCUGUGGAAAUCCGUGCGGUGGCAUCAUGUGGUGAGGAUGCAUUCCCUGCGGCAGCGGCAUCCCCUGCGGCAUCAUUUGAGGAGGAGGCAUGGCCAUGCCCUGUGCGGCGGCGGAUGCUGCCACAAUGGCUGCCGCGGCGGCUUCUUGAUUCGGCACCACGACGGAAUUGCGAGGUGUUUUGGUGGGCAAUGACUGCUGCUGUUCCUGUUGCGUGGCUUUUUCUUCUUCUGAUUUUAUGGAAACCUUUCCCAUCAUGGGAAUAUCGUCGUCGUCAUCGUCUUCCUUGACAUUGACAGCCACGACAGCUGCCUCGGCUUCGGAAGCAAUAAUGACAGAAUUUCUGGGAGUCUUGGGAGGCAACUUUUUCUUGGCUCCACUAACGUUGGCUCCUUCCUGAAUGACAACCGAAUUGGAUGGCGUUUUGGGCAUCGGUUUUUUCCCGGGGAUCGAAGGAGGAAUGGCCCCUGGUAAGAGAGCAGAUGCCAAAGUGGCUGCCAA